AUGUCAUCUCUCCACUACGGCGGCGCAGAGACACCGCCCAAGCUCCUACCAUCUCUCCUUCACUUCUCCACAAUGGAGAACCAGAAGAUCUCCGAUUUCCUGGCAGACCAGCUGCAACAAGCUCCAGAGCAGAGCCAGGCCUUUUUCCUCAGCUUUGAAGACUUCUGGGAACGGAAACUAUGGCAUCAAUUGACCAACGCUCUGGUGGAGUUUUUCCAGUUACCUGAAAGCGCUCCUCAGCGGUUACCCAUAUUCAAGACGUUUGUUCUGAGCUUCGCCGACAAGAUCAAUCAGCUGAAGUUCGUCUCGUUGGGUUUGAUGGCAUCAACGGAAUGCGCGGAUGACCAAGAGCGACUUUCCUUCCUUACAUCGCUUGCCGACAAAGUGAACAAACCCGACACACAAGAAGCUUACGUGUAUGCCCUUGCGGAAGUUGCAAACGUGAAGCAGCGACUACAGGACUUGGAUGGAGCGCAAAAAGAUCUGGAAGUAUGCCAGAAGGUUUUGGACUCGUUCGAUUCCGUCGAGACGGUGGUGCACGCUUCCUUUUACAAGGUCAACGCAGAUUACUACCACGCCAAACAAGAAUUCGCCGCCUAUUACAAAAACGCCCUUCUUUACCUGGCCUGCAUCAACCUGGACGAUCUUAGCGAGUCAGAACGUGUCUCCCGCGCAUACAGCCUGAGUGUUGCCGCGCUCGUCUCUGACACGAUUUACAACUUUGGUGAACUCCUACUGCACCCGAUCCUGGACUCGCUCACCGAGACGCCGCACAGCUGGCUGCGCGACCUCCUGUUUGCCUUCAACCGCGGCGACCUUACUGCGUACGAUGUCCUGGCCGGCAACAUCUCCAAGAACAAGCUGCUUGAGCAGCAUCGCAUUUUCCUCUACCAGAAGAUCUCCCUGUCAGCCCUCACAGAAAUGGUCUUCCGUCGACCCCCGCACGACCGCAACCUCACAUUCGCGUCGAUCUCCUCCGAGACGAAGGUCAAGCCCGAGGAGAUCGAGCACCUGGUCAUGAAGGCUCUGUCCCUGGGUCUUCUGAAGGGUGCUAUUGAUCAGGUUGCGCAGGUCGCGCAGAUUCACUGGGUGCAGCCCAAGGUCUUGGAUAUGAAGCAGAUUGAAGGCAUGCGCAAUAGACUCAAGGAUUGGGAUGCUGGUGUGAAUCAGCUGGGUCACUGGAUCGAGGGAGUUGGUAAGGACGUGUGGGCUGCUUAG